AUGGGACGAGUUCAGGCUAUUCCUACUACCCGUGUCCCUCGGAAGCAGCUGAAGAGUAAUUUGGAUCGGAGCAUAUCGCAUGAAAAUUCCCGGCGCUCACUUGUAAAAUGCCUACAGCAGCAGCAGACUGCUGAAGUCUACAAUCCUUCCGACCCUCUGUUAACAGAUUCGGCAACCUCGACGGACGUCAACGCUUCCAUCCAAUUUCACAAGAACAGGAAGACGAGCCAUAUGCAGACCGGGCUUCUGAAAGAACUCUUGCCUGAAUACCACUAUCACUCUGCUAAUGGCCUCUUGCGCGUUUUUAGGGCCCGCACCAAUGGAAGAUGGCACAGGUGGUUUCCAGAGAGUUUCGGGUCAUACCUCCUGGAUUGUGACGACAAAAUUCGCCUUAUUCCAUCUUACCUCAUAGGUGUGCAUGACUCUCCUCCUGGUGCGAGCUACCCAAGGAUGUCGGAAGGGUGUCUGGACUUUGGUCCCGCCAUGAAGCUGUGUUAUGACAACUGUCCGCUAGUCAACAAGACCCAAUUACCCGACUACGACAGAGUCCUUGCUGUCCUGCUCCGUUUCGUUGUGAUGCGCUGCAAUCAACUGAAGAAUUGGUUUAAUAACAAUCGCAUCACUCGUGCUAUCCCCAAGUAUAUCUGGGACAAUGAGACACCAGAGAUCAAGAAAGAUAUUAACGAUUGCGUCGAGAAGGAAAGAGAGCUUAUCACAGCAUUCAGGGAAGGCAAGCUGGGGGCUUCAGAUCUCAGCAGCGACAAAAAGGCAUCUGUCAUCGAUUCUCUUGAUCACGAAUUUGAAGGCAUGACCAAAAAUUUAGUCAAUUACCUCCAGUGGGGCGUCAUAGAAGAAUCAGAACAAUGGCAUAGAUUCAACUAUGGCUGUACCACAAGUGAUGGCAAGGACUUCAUCAAUUUGUUCAAUGACGCUGCAGAGACUGGGCACAUCCCUGGUACCCCCGAGGGAGAGAGCAGGGCUUUCAGUCAGUACUAUGGUCUCCCCUUCAUGUAUCACAUGAAAAAAGUCCAGGGUCGCAAUGGACCUGCACCUGCCGUUAUACCAGAGGCACACAUCGAGAGUCUUGCGGAUGUUGAUCCGGCAACAUUGGUACAUGACGAUGCUGCUGGAAAUGGUGUUGCAGUCUCAAGAGCUUCCAAAGAACAGGAUUCAUUCCAGCUUCCUGAAGAAGCAACCGCUCCUGUUGCCCAGUCACAAACGGCACCACCAGCUCAAAUGUCAUCAGAACCCCUGCCCUGGUCCUGCAUCCCAUCACCAGUAGUUCAUUCUUCGCCAGUCACAACAUCUUCAGCAUCUAUUUCUUCGUCACUGAUCACUACUGAAGCAGCUCCCCCCCGAGAGACAGCGCUCAUCUCUCCCCAAUCCGGAGGUCAGGGCGUCGAGAUGGAUACCAACCCUGAUUUGCACAAUGUCUUGUGGGGAUAUUCUCAUUCUGACGAUUCAAUGAAACCCUUGGAUUUGAUUAUGUCAUCUUCACCGGCUUUAUCAGGCAUCAACAACGAUCAUUUCGGUGCCAAUGUAGCCAACUCUUCUUUUGACAUGGAUGUGGACUUGCUCCAGUCGCAAUGGCCUGACUUUUUGGGUACUGUCGAAUCCAAUUCAUCUUGGAAUGCUGAAGUAUCUGGUUCCGAUGGUGACUUGUCUCAAUUCAUGGAGUCCUUAGGAUUGUCUGACAUAUUUGCCUCUCCUGAUCGAUCUGCACAAACUGUUACCGAAUCUCAUUAUGCUGCCACCGUGUUGUCUGCUACCUUGUCUGACUCACAGGCCCUGUCGGACCAACUUGCUGCUGAUGUAAUUAUGCAUGAGAGCGAGCCGGCCGCCAACUACCACAUGACAGCGACACCAACGUCAGACCUUCGCUCGACCCUUUCCGCUCCUUCAGUGCUUCCCGACAUCGCGAACUUGCCCAGGCAAGUGAGGCAGCGUAAAGCGCCCCCUCCCAGGGAAGUGAUCACCCUUUGUGGUGCCGAGAAGGAUUUGGGUCCACCACAGUGGCAUCAAGAGAGCUUGAUGGCUAUGCAAGAUCAAUCUUUGGGCCCCAUGUGGCUUAGUCUUGUCGAAAAGUGGUAUAAACUGGAAUCUGACAUGUGGAAAGUCAAGGCAAAAACAGAGGGUAAGUACUCCCUUGGGAAGCGACGACCUCAAGAACUCACCCAGUGGCUCGAUGGGACCCGUUACUUCAAUGUUGAACUCUUCAUCGUGGAUGCAUCUUGUUAUGGUAGACAGCUGGUUGACUGGUGGAACCACCUCAACCCUGCCUGGAGACGUUCGAACGACAAUUCCGGGCUUCCAAAGCCGGAUUACUCGAAGCCUUUGAAGUGUCUUCGGAAAGGAGGGCGUCAAGGCAUUGUUACUGUCAUUUUUGGUUUAUUUUGGUGGGGUCACGCAUGUAGAGGAAUGGAGCAGCUGUGGUUUCGAAUGGUUUCGGAUGUAUCGAAGACGAUCGACGUUCUCAUGUAA